AUGUUUAAUGCUGUGUCUCCAGAUUAAUUAGCAUUAUUAAAUUUAACUAAGUUUUUAGAUUUAAUUUUUUAGGAAAUGAUGAAAGAGUAAGUUUUUAAGAUUAAAUAAUUGAAUAUUGAUUAUAAGAAAUAUUUGAAUUUACUACUUAAAGAAAGAGAUAAUCAAUUUUAGUAUAAGUUAUAAAAGACUGGAGAAAAAUAUUUAUUUUCUAGAGGAGCAGACUCUAUUUUAUUAGAUUAUGAAAGAUUAUAUAAUGAAUAAUUAAAUAAAAAUGAAUAUCAUUAGUUAAAAUAAAGACUAUAUAAAUAUGGUAAAAUAGGUUUGAGAACUUUAGUAUUGUCUAAAAAAAAUUAGAAAAAUAAGAAUUUUAGGAAUGGCAUAAGAUUUGUUAAUAAGCACUAUAAUUCAUAGAAAAUAGAGAGGAGAUAAUGUAGAUUUUGUAAGAUGAAUUAGAAAAAAUUAUGA